UAGUGUCCCUUUGACCAAAAUAUUCGCUAUAUUCCUUUCUUCUCCAUUUCAAGAUUUCCAUUUUCAUUUUCAUGUAUCUCAUGCUGCUAGCUCCUUCCUCUUCCUCCUCUUCCUCAAUGGGAUGUGGCAUCUCAAAGUUUGAGCAAGAAGUGAUAACAGGUACCACUUACGAAUCAAACGACAAAUUAAUCAAUCAUAGAGAUCAAGAUCAUGUAGAUCGCCACCAUCCAAUUUCCUCCACCUCAAAACUCGAAGAUUAUGGAAGGAAUAAUGAGGAUAAUAUCGAUGAUUAUCGAGCUCGAGAUGGCCACAGAAUAUAUACUUCCUCAAACACGAAGGAGGAAGUAGAAUCCAUGCAAGAAAGGGAGGUAAAAGGAUGUCGUAAUUCUAAUGAUUUUGAUGGCACGAAGGAGAAAGAUAGAUUGUUGGAGAAGAAACUGCUAGUAGAUAAUAAGCAAAAUGGUAUUAAUAACAGUAUGGGAGAGGUUGAGGAAGAUAGACAAAAAGAUUAUGAAGAAGAAGAAGAGAAACAACUAUAUGAUAGGGAAGAUAGCUUGUGUUUUCCAGGUUCACCAAGUUUUAGGGAUUACUGCAAUCUUGAUGAUGAAUGUCAUUCAAAAGAUAAUUGUAAAAAAGAAGAUAAGACUAACGAGUCGCAAUUAACAUUGGAGGGACCUCCGGAUGGAGACGAGCCAAGUGGGGCUGGGGCUGGGGCUGGGGCUGGGGCUCAACAAAUACUUUUGAAGAAAGCUAGCAAAGUAAGAAGAUUUAGAGAUGCCAUGUCUAGUCGAUCACGAAGGCAAGGCAGAAAGACCACUUUGAAAGUUUAUUCUAAUAAUAAAGCACCCAAAAAACCAGUCGGAAAAGCUGCUUAA